CUCCACAUAGAUAGGAAGCGGAGGAAAAACAACGCGUCAUGUGGGAUCCUAGCAAAUCCUAGUCAAGCAUCGAUCUUUUUUCUGAUUUCUUGGUCUUUGUUGUUGGUGGUGGGUGUUAUAUAGGAGAAUCUCUCUCUGCUAGCUAGGCAGCGCGAGCGCGAUAUCUCGAUCAGGCAACAUGGACGACUCGAGCCAGUUCAUGCAGUGGGCCCUGAGCACGCUGCAGCACGAGCAGCCGCCGCCGUCGACGCCGGCGCCGGCCGCCGCCUACGACAACAAUGGCUGCGACACCGUCUCGCAAUUCCCGGUGCUGGGAUACUCGGUGUCGGUGGACAGCUUGGUCCCGGGGGAGCCACCCGCCCGGGAAGGCCAGCGGGCAACCAACAGCUGGAGCUCCGUCGACACCGACAGCGGGAGUGGCAGCGGCGGCGCCGGCGCGUGCGUCGCUGCCUGGUCGCCGACGGCCAUGUGCGCCACGGCCGCCCCCAGCAGCUGCAGCAGCGGCACCAACAAUCGAAUGAGCUGGGACUUCAAUUCGGCGUCGGCGGCGGCGCAGCUAAUCAUAGAACCCCAGCAGCCGAACUCUGCCGCUGCAAUGGCAGAGGGCGGCGGUGGCGGCGUGCCGCAGAUGACCCAACGGGGAUCACUCUCACCGCCGACGAGGAGGGCCUCUGCCAAGAUCUCUGCGUCUUCUUCGUCCGCGCCAUACUCGCAGGACCACAUCAUCGCGGAGCGGAAGAGGCGGGAGAAGAUCAACCAGCGUUUCAUUGAGCUCUCAACAGUCAUCCCCGGCCUCAAGAAGAUGGACAAGGCGACGAUCCUCUCCGACGCGACGAGGUACGUGAGGGAGCUCCAGGAGAAGCUCAAGGGACUCCAAGAGGACGGCGGCGGCGGCAGAGGCCGGGGCAUGGAGUCGGCGGUGCUCGUCAAGAGGCCGUGCAUUGCGGCGCCGGACGGCGACGACGACGGUGGUGCGCGUUCGCAGCACGCGGCUGCAGCCGGGCCGGCGGCGACCGGGAACGCGCUGCCGGAGAUCGAGGCGAGGAUCUCGGACGGGAACGUCGUGAUGGUGAGGGUCCACUGCCGGGACGCCAAGGGAGUGCUCGUCAGGUUGCUGGCCGAGGUCGAGGAGUUACACCUCGCCAUCACGCACACCAAUGUCGUGCAGUUCUCCGCUAGCGUUCUGAUCAUAAACAUCAUAGCAAAGGUGGAGCAGGGCUUCAACACUACAGCAGACGACAUUGUAGGGAGGCUUAACGCAGCGCUGCACCAGUGUGUUAGGAAUAGUGCAGAACAAGCGAGAAGCUGCUGUUAAAGAGUUAAGCGCCAAAUAAUUUCAGGCUCCGUCCGCUGCAUCUCCGCGACGUCGCCAGCCACAGUGUGAUGAAUGAACCAGCGUCCCGUCGCCAGCUGCUGGUCCACUUUUUCUUUUUUCUUUUUUUUGUUUUGGUACGAGAAUCCGUGUUGGUCCACCUCGACGCGAAUAAUUCCGGUUUCAUGGCCGUUAGUUCAUGCGUGCUUGCAUGCAUGAAAUUAAAGUCUUGAAGGUGAUUAUUGGGCCGAUUGAUUGCU